UCUCGAGUCUCGACCCUUGUUCUCAUUUUUGCGUGCUUUUCUUCUCUACAGUUGAACCCAAGGCGAGGGCCGUCAGGCAGGCGCAGCAGAAAUGAUAAAGAGGCGAUUCUACAAGCAAGAGCACGACGAAAAAAAUGAUCCUUCUGAUUCAUCUUCGUCUUCUUCAGAUUCGGAAGCUGAUGUCCAAGAAGAAUACGAGGAGGAAACUGCAGAAGAAGAAGUAGAAGCAGUUGCAGAUGUUAAAGAAGACCAAAAACUUGACUUUCCAGAAUCUGGUUCUGGAUACGAGAGUGAAGAAAGUUCAGCAAAUGAGGUUGAUGUUGACUCAUCAGGAUUGCUAGUGAAUGAUGAUGAAGAGGAAUCUGGACAUGGCAGACAAAGCCUUGGUGAAAGUCGUUCAAGUGCUGAAGGCAAUGCUGGGACAGUGGACACCCAAUCCAAUGGCAUGGCAGAAAAGGAUUCUACUGAAGCUGAUUUCAAUUAUUACAUUUUGAAAUGUAAAUCUGUCUUUAAGUGUAGGCUCUGCCCCAGAAUUGUUUGUUUGACUGAAGACACCUUGAGGGCUCAUUUCAAGUCUAAGAGACAUGCUCGAUCAGAGAAGUUACUGAGGGAAGGGAGACUGAAGUUCAUGCUCAAUAGCGAUGGAGAGAUCGAGGAAGAUCAAGAAACCCAUGCAGAGAGGCACGCAAGGACUGUAGCACUUGCAGAGGAUUUAGCUAAUCCAAAGAAGAAAAACAAAGGGCGGCAGAGACAGAGGCUGAGGUUAAGAAAGAAGAAAAUGGAUGAUGGUUCCAACAAUGGGAAAGGAAAGCAAUCGCUGAAAAACCCAGCUAAGAAAAGGCGUAUAAACAAGGAUUGACAGUGAAAAAUGAAAGAAAGCUAGGCGUAUAAGCCCCUAGUUGGCAUUCUGUGGGUUCUAUGUCAAGAGUUUUAUUGAGGUUGGUUGGCAGGGGAAAAGAAAGAUACACUGUCAAUGCAGUUUUUGAAUCUGUUUUUUUUUUACGGUUUGUGCUUGCCAACGUGGAAAACAUUUUUUUCCCCCUGUUUAAAGAGUUGUACAUUGGCAUCGUUGAUAUGCCAACUGUAAUUUUUCUUCAACUUUCAGUGGUUAUCUUGAAAGGGAGCACUCUCCAGUAUCCCAGAGUAAAAGUUCUGUUCUCAAAGAAAAUCAAGGAUAUUAGAUGUUUACAUUGUAAUCCUCCAACCUCUGUGUGUACAAAUCUUUGAAUCUGAAUGGCACAACUGGCAUGCAGAA